AUCGCAUCAAAACGUGCUAAUUUUUCUCCGUUUUUCCGCUUCCAAACGGCAAUUUUCAUCGCUCCGGCCACUGGUGUGGAAUUGUAAAGUGCUUUCGAAGUUUUCGCUUUUCGGAAUUUUUUGAUUGAGUUUCGGAUAGGAAUUUACAUCCGCAGGAUUUUUUAUUUUGUUCCCUCCAUCGGCAAUAAAUAACUUUUCAAUAAGUUUUUCCCCCUCACCUUCAGGCAGUAGUUGUACCGACAUCGAUCGAAUCGAGAGCGGAAGCAAACGAACGAAACCAUCGUUCUGUCCACCACCACAACUUGUUUAAUUUGAGUGCAAUCAAAUUGCAACAGUAGAAAAAUUAUCAAUCGAACCAAAGUGCAAUAAAUCGAACCCGAUCCAUCCUUCCUCGGCAAAACAUGGCUACAAUGCAGCGACGCUUGGUGCAUAAGCAGUUCAACUCACCGAUCAAUCUAUACUCGCAGCGCAACAUCCAGGAAACGUUGGACCGUGAGCUGAAGCAACUCUCCAACGGGGCCAUCGGAAUUGACUUUGAAGAUCCGUCGACCACCAAGCCACCGAGCUUGGCAAAGUCAGCCGUCCUACAGGCCCUGGAGGAGGAGGAACGCCAGCAGGCAGGACGAGGCAAGGCAGGCUGGCAGCAACGUCCCAGCAGGUCGAGGCAACGGGAGCCAAUUCCGGGAGCGGAGCGAGCGAAGACACCCUGCAUCAACCGUGACACCGUGCUCCUGAUCAAUCGUCGUUUGCCGAGGCAUCGAUCUUGCGACAAUAUCUGGCCGCCGGCAAGGAGUCUUUCUCCCCGCGACAGGAGUCCUGCCAUCGGGGCAGCAGAAGGUUUGAAGCGUGUUGCCUGGCCACCACCAGCCGAGUACGGUGACGAUUACGAGCAGCAUCAUCCGUCGCAGAACAAGUGCUCUCCUCAGGCUCAACAGCAGCAGCACUAUCAGCAUACACCUCAUCAGCCGCAGUCACCGGCGGCCGCCUAUCAACAGCCGAAGCCACAAUAUCAGCCGCACAUACAACCCCAACAGCAACCACUACACCAACAACAACAACAACAACAACCGCGGGAACGUAUCAUCCCCAUUCAGAGGGCCACAUCCCACAUCUCGCCGGCUCAAACCCCGAAGUCACCGGUCAAUCAGCUCAAGUAUCCGCCGAGCUACCCGCCACCAUCACCUCAUACUCUGUCGGCACCUCAGCUCGCCGGCCCUCAGCGCCGUGCUGUGUCCCCACUGGGUGGUUCGACGGUAGCUUUCAGCGGAGGUCGUGCCGUUCUUCCCCAGCAACAGCAGCAACGUCAACCAACUCGACCCGUUAGUGCUCCGUACUAUCAACAGCAGCAGCAUCAUCACCAACAACAACAACAUCAACAUUAUCAACAGCAUAACCGCUAUUCGUCACCUUCGACCGCUUCGUUGGCCUCGCCCCGCUCGCCCCAGAUCAUUGGCGGCGGGGGCUACAGCCCACGCGGUUGGUCUCACGUAAAAUCACCGGUCCCGGUGUACAAUCCUGCACACCAGCAGCGCCAGCAGCAGUACGUUCCACCGCCCUUUCAACCGGAACCCGCUCCGUACCAGCAGCCAACCACCGCUGGCUACGGAUACGGUUACGGACCGAGAAAGCCUGACCCGUUAACUCAACAUCAGCCACAGUAUCAACCACAAGCAACGGAAGCUUUCCAACCAGUAGCGAGCGUGCAACAACAACCACAACAACAGUCACAGCUCUAUCAACAGACAGCGGCUAUCCCACAACAACAUCAACAACAACAACAACAACAACAACCGUACUAUCACCAGCCAGACCAAUUCCCAUUCGUCACAACACUACGCAAGGAACCACCAAUGUCACAGGAACCGGCUCCAGUCUAUCAAACCCAACCAGUUGCUGCUAUUUAUCAAGGCGGUACCAACAUGCGCGGCGAUCAAAAAUGGCCACCGGCCGAGUACAAGAAGCAAAGUGAACUGGACAACGAGGAGCGUUUGAAGCUUGCCCAGCAGCCCGCGUUUCGUCCGAGAAAAGUGCAAAAAGAUUACAGUAGUUUCUUCGCCAAGAACGCCCUGAAUCAAACUUAUCCGGCCUACCGGGCUCCGCCGGGCACUCAACACCACGGUUAGACGCACAAACGCCAAGAAUCGAACACAACACACCGAAACAACACUGUCGACGAUCCAGUUCACUUCUUGCGAUCUUGUACUAUGUCAUAAGAGAGAGAGAUUAUAGAAUAUUCACACACACACACACAAACAGGGAACGAAAAACUUUAAAUAUAUAGCUAAAUAAAAACACACGGUUUGAUAAAAUUCAACGAAAUAAGCGCAAUACACGAAUCACAGAUUAUAGUAUACAAACAAAUUUGAACAAAUACUGUUAAGCAUGAAAGAUUGUAACUAAUUUUAUUGUUCUAAGAUGUUAUGAAUGAAUUACAGGAACAAUUAUCUUCCCUUGCAAAACUACUAUGCUACUUUUGGACACUGUUUAUCCUACUGUUUCGAUUUCAGUAUACAACACCUAUCUAACGCUUAAUUACUUUUUAAUUACUAAUAGAUGAAUAAUCAAAACAGGUUAAACGCAAUCGUGUUACGCUAAAAUAUUUAUACAAUCAGAAAAAAAGGGUCGAAGCAACAGUAGCAGCAAAAAGUUGUUAAACGAGAAACACAAGUGUUAAAAGCAAUUAUUAAUCAAAUGUUCAAUUGGUAAUGAGUUUUUAGUGAUGAAUAAUGGAAAGUAGCAAAGGGCUGGAAAGGAGGGAGAGAAAGAGAAAGCAUUCAGGCCAGUAAGCACCACUUCUCGCCUGCAGGACGAAACAACGAUAAAACAAUAAUCAAGAGAAGAUUGCAUACCGGCCUGAGCACUGGGCGGUUUGGGACAAAAAUUACGCAAGUUGAGCAAAAAAAAAGAGAACCAACCGGAACCAGUGGGGUUUACAUUUCAUUUAUUCAUAGGCGGUCAUUGUUGAUAUUGUUGGUGGAAACUUUUGUGGCAGACCGGACGGCAGUGGUACUGUGGCAGAGGACACGAAGAAAAUCCGGGUUGAAUUUCACACCAGACGCAUCCCUGAUUCUGCUGUCUGCCAAUUUCGCAGCUGGUGGUCGUCAACUGAGAAGCGAAGCAAACCGAGAGGACACCCAGGUACCCACCAGGAUACAGAACUUCAGCCUGAAAAGGGCGAAAAAAAUUCCGGGCUGGUGACAAAAAAUAAUUAUUUUGAUCAUUCAUUUAUUUACCAUCCACUCAAGGGGGCACCAUCGGGUGUUUACAGAACAUUGAAUUAUUCAUGAAAUUUUCUGGUUCUUAAUAAUUCACGUUAUUGCGAAGCAUUUGAUAGGGGUACAUUGAGUGGCGGUAUAAUUUGAAGAACAAAUCACAUGUAAUUGAAGGGCGUUCGAAGUUAAUUGCCACGAUACAUAACACAUUCAAUGCAAACAAUUCGCCAAUGAUACGGACUGAUAAAUAACACCCUGCAAAAAUAUGGCUGUUAAUUAUAAACACGAGGCAGAACGCAAAACAUCACUCCACAGUUUAUCAUCGGCACAGAAAUCAAUGAGUGGUACUUUUAAUAUCAACAAACCAUUAAUUGAAAAUAACAUAUCUAUCCUGUUCAUCGUUCAACCAACAGGAGAAAAAAAAGCUGUAGUACAAAUCGACAACCCAAUAAAUAACUCGGCAACUCAACACCAAUGUCCGAGCGCGUGUUACAACAAAGUGGGUUAUCUCGACCGGACCGCCCCCACCCCCAAACAGGGGAAAAACAACAACGCGUUGACACAAAAGGAUUAUGAUAUUGUAUUUCAAAAAUUCAUUUGCAUUAUAAGUGCUACACGUUGUUUUUUUUCGCUUUGUUUUCAAUCGAUUCAAAGCCCGUGAAAACAUCAGUUCACUCAGCAAGCUAAUACUCAAAAGCUGGCUGCUGAUUGCCACCACAAGAGUACAUCCGAAUGAAAAAACAGGAAACCGAAUCUCGCAGCCGCAUAUCGAUGAAUUUUACAAAUUGUUUUUUUUUUUUUUGGUCUACGAAUUCAGCUGAUCAGAGAAUGUGGCACAAAUAAUAGAAUACUAAAUAUUUGCAAUUGGUAAACGCAUGGCUGAAUCGAACGAAAAAAAACCACCCGUGGUUUUCCAGCUGAUAAACUCUUCUCUCUCUCCUUCUUCACUGUGGAGGUCCACUUGAACACAGACACCGUGAGGUCGGUUUUCACUAUUUUCAUUAUUCAAAUUGAUCAGAUUAUGGAGAGCUGCAAAAAAAAAUCUAAAACAAAGUUAUGGUGUCGCUACUGAAUUGCGCUGAACGUAUAUGUAUUACUAUUUAUUAUUAUUGUUAUUAUUAUUACGAUUUUGUGAAGAAUUAAAAUGUUGUCGGGAAACAGCCGAUACAAGCAGAACCACAUACCCUAAAUCACGAGGAUUUGAAAUGAAAAAUAAAUAUAACGAAUCAAGUUUGUGCGCUCGCGUAACGAAAAGCUAUAGAAA